CACACAAAACAAUAUUGAACGAGAUAAGAGCGGCCAAAACCACCGAGUCACCACCGGAAUCGUCGUGACUCGGUGACACAAAUCGUUUUUGUAAGAAAAUGGCAUUUGCAGCAGCAUCAACUCCAUUUUCACUCUCUUCCGUGGUUCCCACGCGCCGUCGUAGCUUCCAAAAGGUUUCGGUACCUCGAGUAAGCGCCAAUCUUUCUCCGGAGGCCACUCCUCUUCUCCGAGCAGCCCACCACACCGUGGAUAAUUAUGUGAAGAGUGGGAUGGUUAUUGGUUUAGGAUCUGGAGAUGCUUCAGAUAUGGCUAUACGUUAUUUGGGUCAGCAACUUCGUUCUGGUUCUUUAGAAAAUGUUGUUGGUGUACCAAUGUCUGCUCGAAGCGCGAGUGAAGCAGCAAAGUAUGGAAUCCCGUUGAAAUAUUCCCUAGAUGAUUUUCAGAUUGAUUUUGCAUUUCAUGAUGCUGAUGCUGUAGAAGAGGGUACGCUUAUCGCAGUUAUUGGACGGAGAAGAAGUUCACAGGAAGAUGACUAUAUUCUGAAACAAAAGUCUAUUGUAAAAGCAGCUAAUGAGGCAGUCUUCCUGAUAAAGGAAGAACAAUACAAAGCUGGCCUUGAAGGUUCUAUUCCUGUUUUAGUUCAAUCCCUUAAUUGGUUAGCUAUAGCUGAGGAGAUAGAUGACUUGUAUCUAGGCGAUGCAGAGGUGUGGAGAAGAGCUUCCGUAGGAGAUGCAGGGCCUCUUGGAGGAGAUUUUCCUAUAGUAACCAGUGAUGGUCAUAACAUCCUUGAUGUUAUAUUUACAACUCCAAUUCCAAGUCUCGCUAACGUGGCUGAAAGCCUGGAAACAAUUGAUGGCGUUGUGGACCAUGGACUACUAAUCAAAACUAGAUGCUCGGUGGUGAUCGCAGGAGAAACUGAAGUAAGAACUGUUACCUUGCAGACCAGUACAGUGGAGGGUGGUGUAUAAACCAGAGAUAGACUCUACUGUUAGUCUUUUGUUAUGAACAUAACCGAGCAACAUAGCCUAGUGUGAUCGGAACGAAAUUGUCAGUCAGAACCAUAAGAAGCCUCUUCUACAAAUUAUACAUUCAGUUCAUAGAGCAAUGUUGUAACUCCUUACAAGGUCACUAUGUCUAAAAUCAGUAGCUUCUUCCAUGAGAAAAUCACCAACAUGCAAGCUCGACGUCCUUGGAGAACAAAGUUAUGACUAGCCGAGGGGUCUACUCGGUCCUGUGGAUGUGAUUUUUGUAACUGACGCAGGUGUGAAUUCGG